GCAGUGGUUAGUAAAGUUCUUUAAUAUCAAGUUAUGUGUUAAAAAUAACUACCUUCAAAGUUUAAACAGAAUGGAGUAAUUGUUACCAAAAGUGAAAUAAAUAUAUUCAAUAUUUAAUAUUCGGAGUGUUUCAGCAUUUUGAAACAAUGGAUAAUGAAAAAUACAAAAGUACCUUGCUGAAAAUUGCAAAUAAUUUGUUGGAUGAAGAUGUUGAAAAAAUUAAAUUUUACUAUUCAGAAAAAAUUGGUAUCUGCGAUUGUGAAAAGAUUACAAAUCCUCUUAAGUUAAUAAAAGCUUUAAAACAACGUAGGCUUUUAGGGAUUGAUAACUAUGAUGCUUUUGCUAAAGUACUUGAACAAAUUGGAAGGCAUGACUUAGUUGAAUAUUUUUCUGUUAAGUCAUCAAGUUCAUCAGAAACAGAUAUCAGAAUUUCUGUAAGGAAAGAGACUUCAAAUUUAUCAAAGAUAUCUUCUAGUUUAUCCGCUACAAAAGAUACUUCAGAUUUACCAGGAUUUUCUCCCAGUUUUUCAAAAGAUUUGUCAAGGUCGUCUUUGGAAUUGAAAAAGUAUUAUCUUAAAUAUUAUUGGAAAAUUAAUGAACAUCAACCGCUAAUAAAAGCAUCUGUAGAUGUUGAUUUGAAUCAAAAAUUUGUUGAUUUAUGUAUUGUUGAUGCAGUGAAUGCUCAAGUGGAACGCUCAAAGGAUGCUGUUUUAAGUGUUGAGCGAAAGAAGUUCCUUGAAAAACAAAUGCAUUAUACACCAAUACAAUAUAGUCAAAUAUUUACGAAAGAAAAAUCAGUCUUAUUAAUAUCUGGAAUAGCUGGUAUUGGGAAAACAUGGUUGCUUAGAAAAUGUUUGCUUGAUUGGUCAAAUGGUUUAAUUUGGAAAAAUAUUGAAUUUGUUUUUUAUUUUGAAUGCAGGAGACUUAAUCAAUAUUCAAAUAUUUCUAAUAUAAAUGAAUUAGUAAAUGUUUUCCACAAAGAUAUUGUAAAUGACUUUAAAUUUAAUAGUCAUACUACAAUGUUUAUAAUUGAUGGAUUAGAUGAGUUUAAAUAUUUCAAUGAGUUAUUAAAUCCAAGUUUGACUUGUAACUACCCGAUUGUUAAUGUUUUAGCAGAAAUUCAAAAGUACAAUCAUGUGAUUGCUGGUAGAGUUUAUGCAAUAGAUCAAUACCAAAGUAUAUCUACAGAAUAUAGUGAUAAGUUGACUGUUCAAAUAAUGGGGUUUAAUGAAAACGGAAUUAAUAAUUAUGUAGAAAACCAUGUUAUAGAAGAAAAAAAAAAAGUUAUAAAAACAAUUUUAAAGGAAUCUCCAAUUGCAAAAGCAAUGGCAUCUGUUCCUUUUUAUUUAUCUUCCAUGUGUAAAAUCAUAAGUGAUCCAAAAGAUAUGGAUUUAAAUUCAUUCUUAACAAUGACAGAUUUGUAUGCAAAUAUUUUUUUGUACUUUAUACGUAAACACAUUAUUAAAAACAACAAAUUUGUAUAUGAGAUUAUAGAAGACAGCUCCAAUAAAAAAUAUAUUUUAAAUAUAUGUAAAAUUGCAUAUAAAAUGUUUGUGAACAAUAAAAUAGUUUUUUCCAAAGAUGAAAUUCAUGAUUUUGUAGGUGACUUUGAUAAAAAUGAAGAUAAGUAUUUUGGUUUUAUAGAAAAGAUUGAAACAGACCUUGGUAGUUAUUAUCAAUUUGCACAUUUGACAAUAAUGGAGUUUUGUGCAUCUGUGUAUGCAUAUAAUUAUUUAAGUAGUGAUGAGAUUAUGGUCAAUAAGAUGCUUAAGAGUUGUUUAUCAAUGAUUUGUGGAUUAGCCAAUAAAAACCAAAACAGUUUAUUAAAGUUUCUUGUUAACCUGAAUCCUUCAAAAAAAUCCCAUGAAGAAUCUUUUAUUUUGUAUUCUGUUUUGGAUCGUCUAAGUAAAAGUGAUAAAAGAAAAGAUUACCAUGAUUUAUUCAUUGAAUGUUUUUAUGAAAGUCAAUCAUCAUUUAAUGAUGAAAUUAAAUCAAUUGUUGAUGAACGAGGAGAGUGGUUGAUUUCGAUUUACGAUGGAAAAACUUCUUACGAAACUUCUUGCGAAAAUUAUUUCAUAAAUCAUUACGUAAAAUCUGGAAGAAAGUUAUCGAGCUUAUAAUAAAAUAUAAUCGAGCUAAAUAAAAUAUAAUCGAGCUGUUAAUAAAAUUAUUUUAAGUGAUGAAGAAGAAAAACUUUUAAUACAAUGUUCAACUAAUGUUCGCAAUGUCAGCUUAUAUCGUCCAAUUAAUAUCGAAGGAUGGAAACCGAAAGAUAAGAUUGAAGUGUUGUUCAUCUCAGACUAUUUAUUAUAUUAUUUAAUAACAAAAAAAGAUUUUGAAGAAAAUUUUCUUCCGUGGAUUAAUCUUUGUGAAAAAUUAAAUCUUUUACUUCACGAUUUUAUUAAUGAAUUUUAUGAAUGGAUUCGUUGUUCGAAUGUCAAGAAGUUUUGUAUCGUGUACCGUGGAGAAUAUUUUUAUAACCUCGAUGAAUUAAAAAACUUCACAACACGAUAAAAUAUUUAAUACCUUAAAUAU